CAUGUGCGUCAUGUCCGCCUGAAGUCGCGUGUUCGCGUCCGCUCGGCCUUAGCUGGACAGGCGGCCCACUAUCGGACUCUCGCCCCAAUUACCCACCGCUCCACCUUGUAAACAUCAUGCGGUUAUAACGAUCCGACCCAGCAUGCGGUGAACUGUCUGUCGACACAUCACAGCCUGCGCGUUGCGAGGGUCAUAGUGACCGCCCAUCAUGUCCUCCCCAACCCGACCAGCCAGUCACCGAAGUGGGCAACAGACCGUUAUCGACAAGCUCGACUAUCACCCCGGUGGACGACCGCUAGUUGCGAGCCACGAAGGAAAUGGUGAAAGCAGCGGCAGACAUAGCCAAGAUAUCAGCUAUGCGGGCAGUUUCUUCGAAGAGAUCGUUGAAGGCGUCAUUGCAAACGACAGUGAAAGAAUGAAGAAAGAGGUGCUUCGCUAUACGGGCUUCUUCUGGGCGAUCAUACAAUGUCUCGGUGCUGGUAGCAUCACGGCCUUCUCUCUUUAUGGUCAUUUGUUCUUCACAGACUUGAAAUACAGCCAAUUGCAAGUCAAUGGGAUAUCCAUCACAGCAGAGCUGGCGACGUAUCUGCCAGUUCCGAUCUGGGGUUACCUGUGUGAUCGAUACGGACCGGGAAUUCCUUCAGUCAUUGCCGGAUCAUUCUUUGGAGUCGGAUACAUUCUUGCAGCAUUCACAUAUAUGAGUGGACCUUCUGUGAGCGCGGGUGGCACGGGUUGGCCAUACUGGGUCAUGGUCAUUGCAUUCAUGUUCGUCGGGUUCGGGACAGCAUGCCUGUACCUCGCGGCAGUGACGACUUGCGCGAAGAAUUUUGGCAGAGGGAAAUACAAGGGACUUGCGCUUGCCUUGCCGAGCGCGGCAUUCGGUCUGAGUGGGAUGUGGUUAUCUCAAGUUGGUAGCAACUUGCUCUUCAUUAGACGACCAGAUGGGAGCAAAGGUGACGUCGACGUCUAUCGCUUCUUCCUCUUCCUUGGCUGCCUCUUGUUCGCGAGUGGAAUAAUUGGCUAUUUUGCUCUACGGGUCAUCGGAGAGGAGGAAUUAAUUGAAGCGGCCAUCGAGGAAUUGGAGCAGAGCGGGCUGUUGACAGAAAGUGCACAUUUCUCGAGCUCACUAGCGAUUGAGGCUUCACAGCAACGAGGCUAUGGUACGGUCGCGCAACACGAGCCCGAUAUUGGUGAUGAGGAUGAGGAUGGAAAUCAACACAAAUCUGGCGAGCAAGAUGCGCGACGACUAGAGGAGCGGAAGACAUGGCUACUCAACGAGGAGACCCGGCUGUUCCUGGGUGAUCAUACAAUGUGGUGGCUAACAGCCGGCUUCUUCUUCAUGACUGGGCCUGGAGAAUGCUACAUCAACAAUCUCGGCACAAUUAUCGGCACCCUUUACCCUCCAAGCUCGUCAGCUGCGAGUCCGCAAGGCAUCACGACUGCCACGACUCACAUAUCCAUCCUCGCCAUCACCAGUACGUUAUCUAGAAUCCUUUCCGGUGUACUCACCGACCUGCUGGCACCAACAAGCUCGCCUCAUCAACACCGACGAGGGCCGAAUUCUCUCGCCAAUAGUCUUGCUUCGUUGAGAGACGUUGCUCGCACGGAGCCAAAGCGGAGACUAGAGAUCUCUCGAGUUGCGAUCAUGAUAUUUUUUGCUUUGCUGUUGUCCAUCGGUUGUAUCAUCCUUGCAUCCGGCGCCAUCCAGGGUCACGCAGAACGAUUCUGGGUCGUGUCGGCUUUCGUUGGUGCCGGAUACGGCGCUGCCUUCAGCCUGACGCCAAUCAUCGUCAGCGUCAUUUGGGGCAUAGAGAACUUUGGAACGAACUGGGGCAUCGUUGCUACUGUGCCGGCAUUGGGCGCCACGAUUUGGGGUCUGAUCUAUUCGGCCGUCUACCAAUGGGCCACUGAACGAGGCCAGCGUCUGGGCGAGAGCCCCGAUGGAGACACCCUCUGCCAUGGCAUGAUGUGUUAUGCUCCAACAUUCUGGGCGAUGACCGUCACCGUCUGGGUUGCCUGUGGAAUGUUCCUUUGGGCGUGGCGUGGCCCCGGCGGAUGGGUCAGUCGUGGCGUGGUCGUUUGAUAGUAAUUAGCAUUUGCAUAGUAGCAGCUUUUGAUCCCUUUACAUCAAGUAUAAUGAAUUUAGUAAGGUGUCUGGUGACAUAGAUACAAACGUCGAUAGGCGAUCAUGCCAUUCUACCUGGUACAAAAGGA